AUGUCUGUCCACCAUAUAGAGAAAAACGAAAACCCACUCUUUAUUUCUCUCUUUCUCUCUCUAUUAGUCUAUCUCUCACUCUCUUUCUAUCACAAUCACUACAUUCUUUCUUUCUCUUUUUCUUUAUUCUUCUCUUUUUUUCUCUAUCAAUAUUAUCUUAUCUUUCUUUCUCUCUUUCUUUCUCUAUCAAUUUCUAUAUUUUUCUAUCAAUUUAUCUCCCUUCUUUCCGUUUUCUGCUCCUUUCAACUUAUCUCUUUCUGUCACAUUCAUUCCUCUUUCUCUCCUCAUCCCUUUCUCUCCAUAUCACUACCCUUCUUUCUUUACCCUCUUUCUCAUCCUAUCAAUUUCUCUUCUUCAACCUCACCCUUCAUCUCGCUUCAUCAAUUCUUUCUUUUCUUUCUUUUCCUUUCUCUUCAUCAAUCUCUUUAUGUUCUCUCUCAAUACGUCAUUCUCUCCUCUCUCUUUCUACCUGUAUCAAUCUAUCUUUCUUUCACUGUACAUCUCUCUCUCUCUCUCUCUGUAUAUCUAUCUAUCUAUCUAUCUAUCUAUCUAUCUCUAUCUUUUUCUCUUUCUUUCUACAAAUUUAUUUUUCUAUCAAUUUCUCUUUCGUUUUCUGUUCUUUUCUACCAAUCUCUCUCUGCCAUAGUCACUAACACAUUAAUCUUUCUUUCUUCAUCUUUUUCUCUCCAUAUCACUCCCCCUCUUUCUUGCCUCUUUUUCUUUCAUUUCUCUUCCUACAUCUAUCAAUUUAUCUUUCUUUCAUUCUAUCUAUUUAUCUAUCCAUCUCUAUUUCUUUCUUCCUUUAUGUAUCUUUAUCUCGCUCAUUUUUAA